AUGGUUCAAUCCACAGUCCAGUUUGGGGGACUAUCCACUGAAGACCCAAACAUGCAUCUCUCUAACUUCAUGGAGCUCUGUCAGACAUUUAAGAUGAAUGGAGUUAGUGAUGAUGCUAUCAGACUUAGAUUGUUCCCAUUUUCUCUGAGGGAGCGAGCUAAGAGUAGGUUGGUAUCUUUGCCACCUAACUCAAUCAAUACAUGGAAUGAUCUAGCACUGAAGUUCCUCUCCAAGUUUUUCCCUCCAGCUAAAGCAGCUAAAUUGAGAGGAGAGAUCAAUAAUUUUUCUCAGUUGGAUAAUGAGUCUCUUUAUGAAGCUUGGGAGAGAUUCAAAGAAUUGAUAAGAAAGUGCCCACAUCACGAAAUAGAGAAAUGGAUGCUAGUCCAUAAUUUUUAUAAUGAGUUGUGUGGUACUACUCGCACACUCAUUGAUGCAGCAGCUGGUGGUGCGUUUAUGAGAAAGAGCACCAAUGAGGCAUAUGACUUGUUGGAAGAAAUGGCCAUGAAUAAUCAGCAGUGGCCAAGUGAAAGAAGCUCUUCAAGGAAAGUGGCCGGUAUGUAUGAAGUGGAUGCAAUUUCGAAAUUGACUGCUCAAGUUGAGGCCUUAACUAAGCAAUUGCAAGGCAAUAUAAUAGCAGCUCCAGUGCAACAGGCCCAGACUCUGUGUGAAGUAUGUGGGGGCCCUCAUGCAUAUGAACAGUGUCAGUAUGCUGAUGUAAACAACAUGCCUAUGGAGCAAGCUCAAGCUAUUGGGAAUUUUCCUCAACAGAGCAACAAUAACCCUUAUUCCAAUUCCUUCAAUCAAGGGUGGAGGAAUCAUCCCAAUUUUUCUUGGAAGAAUGAUCAGCAAGGCCAAUCUUCAAACCAACAACAGUCAUUCCAACAACAGCCACAGGGGUUCUUUCAGCCGAGAUUAAGGCAGCAGCAACAACCUCAACCGCCCACUCAUCAUCAACAACAACAAAAUUCUGGUGGAAAUUCUAAUGCUCAGUCAGAUGUGUUAAACCAAUUCAUGACUGAAACUCGGUCUUCUAUUAGAAAUCUGGAGACCCAAAUGGGACAAUUGGCUACUCUCAUGGCUAAUUGUGCUCAAGUUAACCUUCCUAGCACCACUGAAGUCAAUCCAAAAGAAGAGUGCCAGGCUAUUACAUUGAGAAGUGGGAAGAAAUAUGAAGAGCCAAGUGUGGAGCAGUCAGAUGAAGACAAGGUUCAAGAUCAACAAGCACAGGGCACAGUGGAAAAGAAGCAAGGUGAAAACAAGGUUACUGAAUACCGCCCAACCAAAGAAGCUACACCACAAGUGAGCAUAGAUCACCACAUCAAGAUUCCCUACCCACAAAGGCUCCGCAAGAACAACCUUGAUAAGCAAUUCUCAAAGUUCCUUGAAAUAUUCAAGAAACUACAUAUCAAUAUCCCGUUUACGGAGGCCUUGGAGCAAAUGCCAAGAGUUGAUGUGGAGAAUGAUUGUCAAGAAUCAAUUGGUAAAAAGAAGAAGAAGACCAAAGAACGAUUUCGAACAGUUCGACAUCGUAUGAAAAGAUUAUUGUGUGGCAAGUUUCAAGGUUUCGAUGACAUUGGGGAUAAUUUCAAUAUUCUCAACAGUAGAAGGGAAUUUUCCUCGUAUGACACGAUGGCUCUCAAGGAUGCAAGGGGUGGACUUGACCCAAGUUGA